UUUUGACUUUGCAAACGCGAUCGGCGUUUCUUGUUUUUCAAAUGAUGAUUAUGCUGAUUAUUCAGACUGAGGUCCGCGUUCGUGCAGCGCCCUGCUCCCGAUUGCGUGCGCCGCUCCCAUGCGGCGGGUGAGCGUACGACACAUUUUAACAUGAUCCACGAAAAAGCAAAAGCCUAGCGCCGUGACAGCGAGCAGGAUGGACGGGAAGAUAAAGAUGGAAGGAGCAGGGUCUUUCGGAGCUGGAAGGGCUGGUAGUGCUUUCAACGCAAUCGCCUUUAUUACACAGCCUCAGACUAUCCUUAGAAUACUGUCGUGGAUCUUCGCCAUGGUGGUCUUUGGCUCCAUUGUGAACGAAGGCUACGUGAACAAUGGGAGCGAGCGGCUGCGCUGCGUCUUCAACAGGAACAACGACGCCUGCAACUACAGCAUCGUGGUUGGCGUCGGCGCCUUCCUGGCCAGCGUCGGCUUUUUCGCUCUGGACAUCUAUUUCCCACAGAUCAGCAGCGUGAAGGAUAGGAAGAAGGCGGUGCUGUUGGAGAUCGUCUUCUCUGGUCUCUGGACGUUCCUGUGGUUCGUUGGCUUCUGCUUCCUGGCCAAUCAGUGGCAGCGGACUUUGCAGAAGGACUUGCUGCUGGGCCAGGGCAAGGUCGCCGCCCAGGCUGCAGUGGCCUUCUCUUUCUUCUCCAUCAUCACCUGGGCUGGGUUGACUGCCAGGGCGGUGCAACGCUACCUGAUGGGCACAGACAUGACCCUCUUCACGACGGAGCACGUGGAUGACAAACCCGUCAGCCAGCCGUACCCGACGCCCGAAGCCACGGUGGGACCCACAGACAUCUACAAGACCCCGUUCUCAUCUAACCCGGACGCUGCCCAAAAGGACUACCAGGUGCCUACUUACUAGGAGUGUCGCUCCCCCCCAAGCUGUCAUUCCCAUCUGCAGAAAUCUACAGUCAGGAUGGGCUAAAGUACACCGUUUUUUUUUUUAAUAAUGUAUUUUAGUCACAUAUUAUGAAGGUCAUUAGAAUAUGUUGUCUUUGUUUUUGAAGCCCAUCCCUUAGUGCAACCGUCCAAUGAAAUCAGUUUGUUCUCCUAGCCCCUCAGCAUCCCCCUGCUGGUGCGGGUACCUUUACUCCUAACGUGCAUGUAUUCAGCUCCCAACCCUAUGAUUUACUGGUUUACUGGUGCACACAGAAAGUGUGCAGAUUUACGAUACUGUGCAUCCGUACCACCGGUGCUGCGAACACAGCCGACUCCCAAAAGCCUGACAAACAAUUGAGACAUCAUUCCUAUCCAGGUGCCCCCUUUUUAUAACACUAAGCUCCGCCCACAGGGCUGAGGUAAACCAAUAGAAUGCCAGAUGUGUAAAACUGACCAUUUUGCUACAUGUUCAGGGGGCCACAAGACGAGUCAGGCGAACCUAAAGUGACAACUAGAGCCAGAUAAAGAACAAACAAGGUUGUGCCCUUGCAGCUAAAGCAGAUGCACGUAACGCCCGCCAUGACCAGCCAACAUGACAAAGAGAGCAGCCCUUUUUUCAUACGACUUCUUUCAUGCCCCAUUUGCCCGUCCUUUACCAGAGAAAAGCUGCCUCUUUCAGCCACCGUUCAGACAUUCAUGAAGCUUCAUGAGCCGUUUGCGUCAGGAUCCAUGUCCUGUGGCUACGUCUAAUGAGACGCCGAAGGCGAAAGGCAGCAUCAGUCAUCACGUCCCGGAACCGUUUAGCCUGUGGUGUUUUCUGUCAUAUUCAAUAGAUCUCAUGAAUUUAACACAAUAAUGUAAUGACAAGCGAUUAAAGCAGUUACUCUACAUAUAUCUUUGGAACGAUAUGAAACCAGUUUUGUGCAUUAAAGGUAAAUACUUGGAAAGUGUCGAUCCAUAUGAUUUGUGAUUAAGUGCAAUAUUUAUAGGAAUCUGUAAUGCAUUCUAUGAAAAAAAGUUAAAAAAAUAUAGAUGUAUUUAUGCAAAGUU